AUGGCGUCCGAAUCGCGACUGUACACCUUCUCCGGGGAGACCAAGGAUCACCUCCGCAAGUUCCGACUGACUACUUCACGGGCCAAGGAUCCUCAGGCUGUUAUUUACAUGAUUGACAAGCACACAUACGAGAUCCGCCAAGAUGAAGACAAGAUCGUUUACAAGUCCCUUGAGGAAGUUGGCGAUGACCUUCCCGAUCACGCCCCGCGAUUCGUCCUCCUGAGCUACCCCCUCACCAUGGGUGACGGACGGUUGUCGGUCCCAUAUGUCCUUCUCUUUUACCUCCCCGUUACAUGCAACGCCGAGAUGAGGAUGCUCUACGCCGGAGCCAAGGAGCUGUUCCGAAACACGAGCGAGGCCGGACGAAUCAUUGAUAUCGAAUCCGUCGAAGAUUUGGAAGAGAUCCCCGACAAGCUCAAGUCGGGUUGA